AUGGAUCUGGAACGAUUGAGAAGGAGAAUGGAGCGACUGCGGGCACACCACAACAAAUAUCAAGCGUCUGCAUUAAAGGCAGUGGGAGAAGAGAAGUCAGCAAAGGUGAAAGUCCUCCAUCCACCUCGCCCUCACAGAGACAAAGAGGAGGAGGAAGAGCAGAGAGAAAAGGAGAGUCAGAUGAAGGAUCCCUUACAGGUGCUGAUGUUGGUCUGUUGCACUGAUGGAGUGAGUCCGACCAAACAGCCCUCACCUCAGAUCAAGAGGAAGAGGAGAGCGGUGUAUGACUUCUCCCCUCAGAUAUCAUCAGACCACUGCAGUGACGACCAGGCUUCAGAGGUUGAAGAUCAAACUCACGAAGUGAGCAUGACCAAACCCUCACCUCAGAUCAAGAAGAAGAGAGUGGCCAAGGGGAAAGCAAACGUUGUGAAGACCACCACGAUAACCAAACGCCCGUGGAGUGAUGAGGAGAGAAGGGCGGUCAGUAAGCAUCUGAGUAGCUUCAUUGCGCAACGCAGAGUUCCAGGUAAAGCCGCCUGCAUGAAGUGUCUUACUGAAGAAACCGCUCUCAGGGAGAGAACGUGGACGGACAUAACACAUUAUAUUGCGGCCCUCUUUGGCAUUUCUCAGGCAGCUUCUUGGUGAUUUAUCAGAAAAAUGCUUAGUGAUUCAAUAAAAUUGAAUGUGUUUGUAAAGAUUAUUUGAGUAUUUAUUCUGGUGCUGGUGUUUAGUUCAAUAAUGACUGAGAGCUGUCCACAUUAACAUUAACAAACACCAUAUAAUCCAUAUAAUGUAUCAAUAUUAUACUUCAUAUAAUUCCGCCUGGAAUGAACUCAAUGGCGCCCCCAUCAGGAAUGAACUCAACAGAAAAUGUCCUCGCUCCGCAGGUUAAAAACUUUUUCCUUUUAUUAGUGUUUUUAAAGAAUCUGAGGUGAUAACCCUAAUCCUGGAGACACCUAGUGCUGAAAUACAGUCAACAUCUACUUGUAGCUGUGUCAGAAAGGGUGGUCCUCAGUUUAUAGGUUAAUUUACCCGGUCCUCACUACCACUGUCAUACAAGAAUGUGUGUGUGUGUGUGUGUGUGUGUGUGUGUGUGUGUGUGUGUGUGUGUGUGUGUGUGUGUGUGUGUGUGUGUGUGUGUGUGUG